CGACGACUGGCUCAGAGAGGCCUGGCGCGCAGGCACCCAGGAGUGGGGAGCUGCCGACCAGUGAUGAGCGGCCGUGUGCCGCUGGCAGAGAAAGCUCUGUCCGAAAGCUACGCCCGGCUGCGGUACCGGGACGUGUCCUUGCUCAUCUGGCAGCAGCAGCAACAACAGCUGGAAUCGGGACCCCCCGGGACCUACCUGAGCAGGAGCCGUAGCAUGUGGUACUCACAGUACGGAAACGAGGCCAUCCUGGUCCGGGACAGACACAAGCUCGGAGUCUCUCGGGACACAGGCCGAUCCAAGUUCUGUACCAUCAUGUAGUUUCUGUGGGACGCCCUGGGCCCAGGCGCUGAGCUGGGCGGAGAUCAGGCCGUGCUGCACUCAGUGAGUGGCCUUGGUGGUCCCCAGGCCUUACUGGGAGGUUCUGGACAGUGAACAAGGAGACCCACUUGUGCUUCCAGAACCCAAGAAUGCUCGCAGGGGCUCCUGAGGCCUCUCCACAUACCACGCGAGCAGCGGACCUGGCUCCCGGGCUCAGUGGCAGCCCUGCCAGCACUGGGGACAAGGCCCGGGUGGGGACACAGCUAGAUGUGGCUUUUCUCUUAUGUUUCCAAGAGGCCCAAGCAAGACGGACAACCCUGGCUCCAGACCUUUUCAGAACUUUCUAGGUCGUCUCCAGGAUUGCCUUCUGCCUGGUCAAGAACAGGACAGACCAAAAAAGAUGAAGGAACCAGCGUCAGGUAUGG